UUAUCGUGAAACUUCACCUACUACGUGAAUUGGAGGACUUCCACACUCUUCUUGUUGAUGAUUCUUUCUUGGUCAAAAAAUUCCAUCUGGUCUCGGUGCCCAUGUUGGGAUCUGCUGCUUCAGUAUGCAAAGCUUUGUCGCUUGGCUGGUCACUAUGAGACAGCAAACCGAGCAAUUCUGGAAGCCCAGGCCUCGGGUGCACCUAAUGUUCACAUGGAAAAGGCCAAGCUUCUGUGGAGUACUAGGCGAUCAGAUGGUGCCAUUGCAGAGUUGCAGCAAACUCUCCUUCACAUGCCUGAACAGGUCGUAGGUGCUGCUGCUAGGUCUUCAAUUACUAGCCUUUCAUUGGUUCCAUUGAAUCCCCAACCUGCAUUUUGUGAUCCUCAAGCUUCGAGUGAGAAUCUAGAUAUUGCAAAGACUCUACUUUUAUAUUCCAGAUGGAUCCAUUAUACGGGGCAGAAACAAAAGGAAGAUCUCAUAACUCUUUAUGCCAGGGUGAGGGAUCUGCAGCCUAAGUGGGAAAAAGGAUUCUUCUAUUUGGCUAAAUAUUGCGAUGAGGUGCUUGUUGAUGCCAGGAAACGUCUGGAAGACAAUUAUGAACAAGGUCCCAGACCGGUACCAUUGACUUCCACUUCUAUUUCUCCUUCAAACACUGAGAGGCUAUGGUGGACUUACGCACCUGAUGUACUUUUAUUCUAUGCCAAGGGGCUGCAUAGGGGCCACAAGAAUCUCUUUCAAGCUCUUCCAAGAUUGCUUACACAGUGGUUUGAAUUUGGAAGCAUUUAUCUAGAAAUAUCUAGAAAUAUUGGAAGUAAUCUAAAAAUCAAUCAUUGA